AUGAGCCUCCUCUUCGUCGCUAAAGGAGCGAGUUUUGCGUCGCAAAACCUGCCACCAGCCGCAAACACUCGCGCCAAGAUGAACGCCACCACUCGAUCGUCUGCUGAGUUCGACAUGGCCAACCGAGUCUCGCAGAUUGCCACCUCAGCUUCCCGGUACUCAACCAAUGACGGAUAUUCCACGAGCGACAGAUACUCCAUGUCGUCUCGACUCUCCAGUGAAGUCGGGCGAAGCAACUCUGGAUGGUUCCAGCGCCAGGCUCCUAAAAAUCUCGACAUGCCGCGCGCUUCGUCCACGUCGUCGACGGCUUCGUCGGUCGCAGCAAGGAAGCACACCCCCGUCACCACAAAGAGCUCCAUCUCACGCACUGACGUUCCGGACUGGUAUCGCGUCAUUGAGUCCCCAAGCGACAACGACCGAUACACCACUUCAUCACUCGACAGCGAUAACAUCAGUAGUGAGCGAGAAUCCUUUGAAUUGGUAUAUGAACCUUCAGCGAGCAGCUAA